AUGAAAACACGCGGUGAAGCCGAAGAACCGUCCUGCUUACCAUGCAACAGAUUCGCCCCUACUAUGAACAACAAAAGGGUCAAACUCCCGAAACUUGAUCUUUCUCCGGUCACCAUGAGCGAUGCCGGUCCCAGUUUUGCGCGAUCGAGUCUGGAGCCGGGACUGGAACCCAGUGCUCAGUCCCUUUCCGAUUCGUCGUCCGACUCUCCUUUGAAGACUCCGCAGACGGAGGAGUACGAGUACUCGGGCUAUGUGCAGGACGGCUCGUUUUUGCGCCGCGAGUCUGCCCAGAGCAUCAAUCUUGCCAACAUGUGGUCGCUUGGGUACGAGUCUGACCAGGCCAAGAGCCAGCGACGGUCCGAUUCGCACACACAGCAGCAUGUUCCCGAUUCGCACGAUACGUUCACGCCCACGAACGAAACCGCUCCGGAAGAGUACAACUUCACGCGCAACCAGAUCAAAAAGAUGAUCCGUGAGAUUCACGGGGUCAAGGACCCGUCGCUGGACGUGCCUGCACCACUACUGGGCGACAAGGACACAAUCAACGUGCUGGCACAACUUCCGUCGUGGAAGCUCAAGAGCCUCAACCAGAUGAAAAUAAUACAGUGGUACUGCUGCCAAUGCGGCAAAAGCUACGGUGAUCUUAACCAUUUCGUUAUAAAAGAAGAUCAUCUCGAGAAAAACGACCUUUACUGGGACGCUUCCGUGGACCAGCUGCUGGGCCAGACCAUCAACCGGUUCGACUGCGUUCGCUGCAGUCACAUGAUGUGUCCGUACUGUAUCAAAGCCCGUCUGAGCGACCUUUUGAACAGGUGA